AUGUCCGCAUUAUUCAAUUUCCAAUCUCUGCUCCUAGUCCUCCUUCUGCUGAUAUGUACGUGUACGUAUAUAAGAGGUACUGCACCUGGAUUAGUGGAUCGAAAUAGAGAAGGAUUCCUUGGCAUGUUCUUCAAAUGCGCCCGAAUAGGUGAAAGGCUAUCGCCUUACGUCUCAUUGGCUUGUAUAGCAAUGGCAAUAACGAUAAUGGUUGGAUCAUGA